UCAAUAUUCAUAAUCUGUGAACAUGACAUUCUUUGGAUUGGAAAAAUCAAAAAUAUUUUUAAUUUGAAAAUAAAUUAAAUUUUCUUAAUUUAUUGUACAUAAUAAUGAGUAGAGAGAUAUUUAUUUCUAAAACAUAAGCCCGAGAGUGUUCUUUAUUUUAAUAGUAUUGUAAGUCGAAAUGAAUAAGCUACAAAAAGACAUUUUGGAGUUAGAAGAACAGUUUAGAUCGAAUUCCUGCAGAAUUUGCUUGACUCCAGAUAUCCAUAACAGUUGUAAUUUAAUUAACGAAAAUUUAAUAAAGUGUAUUAAGUUUUGUACUGGAAUUAGGAUAAAUCAAGACAGCAAACUUCCAACACAAAUAUGCAAAGACUGUCUCAGUAGCAUCGCUGUAGCAUAUAAGUUCAAAAAUCUAUGCAUGAUCGCUGAAAAAAUAUGCGGUAAUCUACUUCAGAACAGAACAAAGAUUGGCAGGCCUGAAAAAUGUACAAGUCCUCUGGAAAAUGGAAUAGAAGUUGAUGUGCCUGAAAUUAACAAAGCUGAGGUUGAUGAUAAUGAAAACUUAAACGAAAUUGUAGUUGACGGAGAUUGUAUGAAGCUACUGCAAAAUGAAAUAGAAGUGGAUAUGCCUGAAAUUAACAAAAUUGAGGUUGAUGACAGUGAAAGCCUAAAUAUAUUGCUAGUUGACGGAGAUUGUAUGAAACCACUGCAGAAUGGAAUAAAAGUUGAGAUGCCUGAAAUUAAAAAAGUUCAAGUUGGUGACAACCAAAUCCUAGUUGAUGGUGAUUGUAUAAAAGAAAAUUUUGUUAACAUAGACCAUACAAAUGAAUUGGAAAUAGAGAAAAUUGUAAUGGAUAAUAAUUUUAAUGUAAAUGAAAAUGAAGAUGUGACAUACUUUAUAUAUGAUCCUGGUGAACAAGAUAAUUUACUGGAUGAACCGGUCAGUCAUAUAGAUGAAGAUAAUUCACAAAUAGACAUGUCAGAAAGCAGUAGUGCUCAAAGGGAAUCAGAUGAAAGUAACGCCAAAGUAACACAAAGAUUUGUGUUCGGUCCAUACAGUAACAGCAAACUGAAGCGUGUUAAAUUAUACUGCAAGUGGUGCGACAUGAAGUUUGCCACCAAGCAAGAGGCCAGUGUGCACAGGGAGUUGGUGCAUAAACGUAGAACGUCUUUCACAUGUCAGGUAUGCGGUAAGACGUUCGCGAGGCGCGCCGCCCACUACGUGCACGCGCGCUCGCACCUGCCGCCCACGUUCGCCUGCGACCACUGCGACUACCGCACCGCCGUCAAGAACCAGCUGGCCGUCCACCUGCGCAUACACGCCGCCGGUCCCCGAAGGUACCAGUGCGAGCAGUGCCCGUCCGCGUACCACACGCCGUCCAACCUGCUGAACCACCGGCGCAAGGUGCACGAGCGGCUCAAGCGGUACGCGUGCCACGUCUGCGGGAAGACGUUCUUCACCAGCACCGACCUCAACGACCACCUCGACACGCACAACAAGAUCAAACGGUGAGAACUGUGCGUACAUGGUCAGAUGACCGCGUACCACACGCCGUCCAACCUGCUGAACCACCGGCGCAAGGUGCACGAGCGGCUCAAGCGGUACGCGUGCCACGUCUGCGGGAAGACGUUCUUCACCAGCACCGACCUCAACGACCACCUCGACACGCACAACAAGAUCAAACGGUAAGAACUGUGCGUACAUGGUCAGAUGACCGCGUACCACACGCCGUCCAACCUGCUGAACCACCGGCGCAAGGUGCACGAGCGGCUCAAGCGGUACGCGUGCCACGUCUGCGGGAAGACGUUCUUCACCAGCACCGACCUCAACGACCACCUCGACACGCACAACAAGAUCAAACGGUGAGAACUGUGCGUACAUGGUCAGAUGACCGCGUACCACACGCCGUCCAACCUGCUGAACCACCGGCGCAAGGUGCACGAGCGGCUCAAGCGGUACGCGUGCCACGUCUGCGGGAAGACGUUCUUCACCAGCACCGACCUCAACGACCACCUCGACACGCACAACAAGAUCAAACGGUGAGAACUGUGCGUACAUGGUCAGAUGACCGCGUACCACACGCCGUCCAACCUGCUGAACCACCGGCGCAAGGUGCACGAGCGGCUCAAGCGGUACGCGUGCCACGUCUGCGGGAAGACGUUCUUCACCAGCACCGACCUCAACGACCACCUCGACACGCACAACAAGAUCAAACGGUGAGAACUGUGCGUACAUGGUCAGAUGACCGCGUACCACACGCCGUCCAACCUGCUGAACCACCGGCGCAAGGUGCACGAGCGGCUCAAGCGGUACGCGUGCCACGUCUGCGGGAAGACGUUCUUCACCAGCACCGACCUCAACGACCACCUCGACACGCACAACAAGAUCAAACGGUGAGAACUGUGCGUACAUGGUCAGAUGACCGCGUACCACACGCCGUCCAACCUGCUGAACCACCGGCGCAAGGUGCACGAGCGGCUCAAGCGGUACGCGUGCCACGUCUGCGGGAAGACGUUCUUCACCAGCACCGACCUCAACGACCACCUUGACACGCACAACAAGAUCAAACGGUGAGAACUGUGCGUACAUGGUCAGAUGACCGCGUACCACACGCCGUCCAACCUGCUGAACCACCGGCGCAAGGUGCACGAGCGGCUCAAGCGGUACGCGUGCCACGUCUGCGGGAAGACGUUCUUCACCAGCACCGACCUCAACGACCACCUCGACACGCACAACAAGAUCAAACGGUGAGAACUGUGCGUACAUGGUCAGAUGACCGCGUACCACACGCCGUCCAACCUGCUGAACCACCGGCGCAAGGUGCACGAGCGGCUCAAGCGGUACGCGUGCCACGUCUGCGGGAAGACGUUCUUCACCAGCACCGACCUCAACGACCACCUCGACACGCACAACAAGAUCAAACGGUGAGAACUGUGCGUACAUGGUCAGAUGACCGCGUACCACACGCCGUCCAACCUGCUGAACCACCGGCGCAAGGUGCACGAGCGGCUCAAGCGGUACGCGUGCCACGUCUGCGGGAAGACGUUCUUCACCAGCACCGACCUCAACGACCACCUCGACACGCACAACAAGAUCAAACGGUGAGAACUGUGCGUACAUGGUCAGAUGACCGCGUACCACACGCCGUCCAACCUGCUGAACCACCGGCGCAAGGUGCACGAGCGGCUCAAGCGGUACGCGUGCCACGUCUGCGGGAAGACGUUCUUCACCAGCACCGACCUCAACGACCACCUCGACACGCACAACAAGAUCAAACGGUGAGAACUGUGCGUACAUGGUCAGAUGACCGCGUACCACACGCCGUCCAACCUGCUGAACCACCGGCGCAAGGUGCACGAGCGGCUCAAGCGGUACGCGUGCCACGUCUGCGGGAAGACGUUCUUCACCAGCACCGACCUCAACGACCACCUUGACACGCACAACAAGAUCAAACGGUGAGAACUGUGCGUACAUGGUCAGAUGACCGCGUACCACACGCCGUCCAACCUGCUGAACCACCGGCGCAAGGUGCACGAGCGGCUCAAGCGGUACGCGUGCCACGUCUGCGGGAAGACGUUCUUCACCAGCACCGACCUCAACGACCACCUCGACACGCACAACAAGAUCAAACGUUUUAAAUGCGACAUAUGCGACACGCAGUUCGCCGUGCGAUGGGGGUGGAAAAACCAUCUCCUGAAGCAGCACGGGAUAGUGAUACCACCACUCAAGCGCGGAGCGCAGAAGAUCAACGUGGUCGUGGGCACAAAUGCGUCUGACCAUGACCCUGACCACACAGAAUAACACUUCCUUGAAGAACUGUAUCGUCAGACGAAUUAUACAGGGUGCUCGGGAGUUUCUUCUCAUAACUUCAAGGUGUUGACGAGUCCACUUAUAGUAGAGGAGCCGAAGAGGGGAUUUUUGCAGUUACUCGAGCGCGGCAGAUAAACAUAAGGGACUAUACCUUACACUUUGUCGAGUACCUCCACCGAGUAUGAGCCCUUAAUAUUGGUGGGUACGUUUAGGGCAACCAAAAAAAACUAACUUCAUAAAUACUCAACCAGCACGUCAGAAUAAGAUAAGGUAGGUGAGUUGAUAGCUAAAAACUGCACAUUUCGAAAAUCUGACGAUUUGAGCGUAACGUAAUGGAAUGGGAGGGUUUCAAAGUUACAAAAUUAAACCCUUAUAUUUUAGUGCUCGAGGUACGAGUGCGAUUAAUUUUUUACUUAUUUUUAAGGAAAUAAUCUCCUGAUUAAUCGCUAAAAUUUUCUUACAAUUUCAGUAAGCCAAAGUAAUAAAAAUUGUUUUUAAAGUCUGUAGUUUUUUUUCCACCGCUAAAAGCGGAAAAAGUAAAUAACCAUUUAUUCUUCCUAUAAUUUAAUCUACCAAAUGUAAUCGGUCUCAAUGACGCUUGAGUAACUGCAAAUUUAGCAUCCCGGGCUCCCCUACUAUUAUAGGAGCCGAACUGCAUAACUUUAAUAAUAAUAAAAAUAAAAUAAUAUUUUUUCAACUAAAAAAUAAAAACUUUUAAUGUUUUCAUACAAAGUCAUUCAAAUAAUUCUGACUGUCCAUGUAACACACGCCUUUAUAUUGUCUCUGCAUUUUAAAAGACGUGAAACUUACUAGGUACAUCGUAAUUAUAAGGGACACAUUACAAGAUCUAUUUACAAAAGAAAUAUUAUUAACCCCGAAAAUAUAAAUGUUAGAACAUUUUUAAUUAAUUUUCGGUAUAAAAUAUAAUCGCAGAGUUAUGGGAUAUACUCCCUAGCACCCUAUAUAGGGACCUGACUCGUUAGACGUUAUUGAUUCAUUCUGGGAUUCUUUACCGAAAAUCAAUUAAAAAUGUUCAAGGAACAUGUGUUCUAAAAUUAAUAUUGUCAGGGUAAAUAAAGAAAGAAAAAGAAAAAAAAAGAUCUUUAUUUUUAAGUAAUGCCACAUAUCACAUAAAAUCUAAAUUAUAACAUAUUAUGGCUUAACUGUCCACUCAAACCGUGGAGCACUAAAGAAUGCCCUGUAAUAUGUGGCACAACCUAGAAAAAGGCCCCCAACUCAGCAUUAUGCCGCAUACUUUCAAUAAAAAAAGUAUGCAGCACUAAUUUUCAGUUAGGACCCAGUUCAGGUGCCGCCACGCACACAGUUCAACACUUCGUCGUCAUCAACCCAUAUUCGGCUCACUGCUGAGCUCGAGUCUCCUCUCAGAAUGAGAGGGGUUAGGCCAAUAGUCCACCACGCAAGCCCAAUGCGGAUUGGCAGACUUCACACACGCAGAGAAUUAAAAUAAUUCUCUGGUAUGCAGGUUUCCUUCACCGAUUGAGACACGUGAUAUUUAAUUUUUUAAAAAUGCACACAACUGAAAAGUUGGAGGUGCAUGCCCCGGACCGGAUUCGAACCCACACCCUCCGGAAUCGGAGGCAGAGGUCAUAUCCACUGGGCUAUCACGGCUCUUUCAGUUCAACACUUAACGUAAACUAUUAAAUACAAUUAUUAAGAACUAAUUAAAACAACUAUGUAGACAAUAAUAUUUCUUUUGUAAAUAGAUCUUAAAAUGUGUCCCAUAGACGCAUCCAUAUAAUUAUGACGUAACCAAGUUUUACGUAUUUUAGAAUGCAAGGAUAGAUAAAGGCGUGUGUUACAUGGAUAGUCGGAAUUAUUUGAAAUACUUUGUAUCAAAAUAUAAAAAUAAUAUUUUUUUUAGUUAAAUUAAUUCUCGACUCGUCAACACCUUCAAGUUAUGGGAAACACUCCCGAGCACCCUGUAUAGUACUCGUUAGACGUUACCCCUCUGUCAGAGUAUAAGAUCAACGAUCUAACGCGUUUAUAUAAACUGUUGCUAUAGAAUCGAUGUUUCAUUGUUGUAAUCGUUUCCGUCGUGUAAAGAGCUCCUUAUAAUUGCCGGUUUGUGUAGUUAAGUGACAUAAAAAAAAAAAAAAAUACCGACCGAAUUGAGAACCUCCUCCUUUUUGAAGUCGGUUAAAAAAUGGUAUAUAACUUCUAGUUUAUUAAAAGAUAAAUAUUUCUAUUUUAAUUAAAUCAAAUUUGUACUGUAAAUAGUAUGUAAAAAUAUAAUUGAUUCUUCAACCGGAACCAUUGACCUCUUAUAAUAAAAGGACGCACAACCACGUAGAAAAUUUUACUUAAUAACUGGCCAAUUUUGCUUUGACAGUUUUAGAAUUAUUGGUAAAGAAAAUUAUACCUAAAGGCUUUUAAAUAUAGUCCAAUCUAUUACUAAUAUUAUAAAGCUGAAGAGUUGUUUGAUUGAACGCGCUUAUCUCAGGAACUAUUGGUUCGAUUUGAAAAAUUCUUUCAGUGUUAGAUAGCCCAUUUAUCGAGGAAGACCAUAGGCCUUAUAUUAUCCCCGUAUACCUACGGAAACGGGAACCAUGCGGGUGAAACCGCGCGGCGUCAGCUAGUAUUCAAUAAAAUCCUAAAUUCAUAGCAAAAUCAACCUUAACGAAUGAGUUUAAGGUUGAAUUUGCAAAUGCGACUACUUGAAUUGAGCGCCAAGAGGUUGUGUUUAGCACUCAUUGAGUGGGGACGGUUUUUGUUUGCUGAUUGUGCAUCCACUUUUUAAUGGGAGAUCAAUCAAUCAAUCAAUCAAUCAAUUUAUUUAUUUGCAGAAUUAUUUUUUUAUUCGAUGGUAUUCAACAGUAAACCAUCGAUCAGGUAACUUAUUGAUAAUCAUGUUAUCUUAUUGAUUCAAAUGUUUGAAUCUCUAUGUAUAAUGUCGGCUUUAAAAUAAAAGAUGUUUAUUUUUAAA